UAACAUAUGCCAGGACUUGUUCAUUGUAUUGUUAGAUUUAUUUUACGGUGUGAAGUUAAUAUCAAUUUAAUUUCAUAACAUAUCAUAUUAUUUCUUUGAAAAAUGUUUGCGAGCUCGCUAUGGCUUGCAUUGCUUGGGACAGGAUUUUAUUAUUUCUUAGAAUACAGAGAUUGGCUAGACUGGAAUGUGAAGGUCAUUUAUAAAGUUCAACCGGGUCCUUGUCGAUAUGCAUUAGAAGGCGGUGGUUCGGAAGAUGUUAUACACAUUGGCGGUGGCAUAAUAAUGAUUUCAGCCGGAUUUGAAUUUGGAGCAAAGACUGGUAAGAUAAAGAGUCUUAAUUUGAAUACGAGCGAAGUGAUCACUAUGAAUAUACGAAAUGAACCUAACAGAGAAGAAUUCCUUGCUGGUAUCCAUGGUAUAACGUACUGGAGAGACCCCAAAUCAGGAAAGAUGUACCUGUAUACACUGACACACCCAUCUAAAGAAGACAGAGUGGAAGUGUUUGAGAUGACCAGCACGACGGAACUCACUUAUAUUCGGACAAUCUCAGACCCUUUAUUUACUUUUAUGAACAAUCUUGUUGCUGUUGGAAAGGACAAGUUCUAUAUCACCAAGUUUUGGCAAAGUCGGGAUACAUACAUGGAGUAUGCAGAGAUGAUGCUUCGAAUGAAGACAGGUGGAGUCUUGUAUUUUGAUGGGAAGAAAGCUCGCCAGGUGGUCGGUGAUCUAGAAAUGCCGAAUGGUAUCAAUAUAUCGCCUGAUGGACAAACCGUCUAUGUAGCUGAAUUCAACACAAAGAAAUUGCUCGGAUAUAGCAGGGACAACACAAACAAUUUGCACAAAUCUUGGGAAGUGUAUGCGAACACAAUGCUGGACAAUAUUGAUGUUGAUUCUUCUACUGGAGACCUUUAUAUAGCUUCUCAUCCAAUAGCGUAUAAGAUUACAGACAGCGUUUUAAAUUUCUUUGGAUUUGCUUUUCCAUCUCAGGUGCUCCGAUUUAAAAUGCGUGACAACAUGGUUUCUGAGAUAGAGGAGAUGUACUCGGACGAUGGUUCUGAACUUGUAGCAUCUACGGCCGCCACUUAUGCGAACGGAAAACUUGUCAUUGGAACGGUGAGAGACCAGCUGAUGGUGUGUGAUGUGAAUUAUCUCUCAGGCUGAUUACAGAAAUCCAGCAUCUAACAUUUUGACAACAUUCAAAAUUUGACAGAUCGAAUUUUGUGGAAGGCAGUUCAUGAACAUUGCAGUUUCAAAAAAGUAUUUAAAAAAAUGCACUGUCUUGAUGUAAAACUAAAUGUAUCAGAGAAUCGUGUAUCUAAUUAGUAAAAAAUAAAUAAGAUAGUUACCAUGAG